ACGUUGGCGUCUCCAGGGUGACGCGACGCUUUUUUUCCAUCCCUCCCCGGGACAGGUGUGGUGGCCGAGCCCCUUUUCCGCGCUGAGACCUCGGGCGGAGAGAGCUGGUUGAGGAUGCCGCUGAAAGUAGUGGUGGAGCUGCAGAUCCAUGCGAUAUCUUGUCCUGGUGUGUAUUUGACAGAGAAGAACGAUGUUUAUCUCAGUGUUUGUAUUCUGGGUCAGUGCAAGGAGACAGACUGCCUUCCUCCAGUCUUCCCUCUCUUGUUCCAUGAGAAAAUGUGGUUUGAAAAGGUAUUUGAAGAUGCUACAGAUCCUAUUAUUGUUGUAGAACUGCUAGAAAAAAACAUGACAAAGUUUCGAUUAUCUGAACUGAUACCUUCAGAUGGAAAAGAGCUGGCAUUUUAUGAAACAAACACUCGAUAUUUUCUGUUUCCUGAGCCAAAGCUGACUCCUUCAUAUCCUGGAGUGGAUCGAGAGCUAUUAAUGAAUGUUCAUUCUUCUUUCCCGGGCAUUGCACCAAAAUUAGAAUUUUCAACAAGAACAACUAUUACAGAGCUUCCGCUUCUUUCCAGAAAGUGGUAUUGG